AUGCACAGCGCGUCGCCGCAACACAUGCAGCAGCAGCGCGGUCUGAAGCACAGCACGUCCCGCACGUCGCUCGACAGCGCGGACGACGACCGGCCGCCCGGCGCGAACGGCGUGGGCGGCGCGGAAAUGGUGACGGUGAAGCUGGCCAAGUCCGACUGGCUAGAGAUAGUUAACGCGCUCGAGUCGGCUUCCAGCAGGUGCGAGAACUGCGGGGAGACUUCACCGUCCGCGCCCUCCGCCGUCUCGCUGCCCGCCACGCAGCGCCUCUUCGCGCAGCUCAAGGCGCGCAGCAACGGCCCGCCCGGCGGCGGCGCGAACGAAGACGUGCUCGGGCCGCUCUCGGCGCUGCGCUCGCAGUCGUCGCGCGAGGGUAUCGGCAUCGGCGGCGGCGUGGGCGGCGCGGCCGCCAGCUCGACCGGCUCGCCGUACGGACUGACGUCCAGCGACAGCGCGUCGACGUCGUCCCGGCGGCGCUCGCUGAACCUUCCGCGCGCGCGCGAGCUCGACGCGGAUCUGCCGUCCAGCGGCCCGCUCGGCCACAUCCAGCCGCGCGACGUGUUCGGCGCCGCCGGAAAUCACGGCGCGGGCAACGCGGGGGCCUUCGGGGGGUCGUCGUUCGGGGCGCGAAGCAUCCAGCAAGCUUCCGCCAUGGCUCCCACCGCUUACAGCUGCGUCGAGUCGAUGAUCGGCGGCGGCGGCGGGGGCGGCGGCAUGGGCGGCGGGUUCGGCGGAGGCGUAGGGAUGGAUAGAUUCGGCGGAGUUUCCGCUUCCGCCAUGGUGGCGGCGGCGGGAGUGAGCGCGGGCGGAAGCAGCGGGUUUUCAAACGCGGGGUUCUCGAUGGGGGGAUUCUCGAACGCGGGGUUUUCGAAUGCGGGGAUGUCGGGCGUGGGGCGCAUGGGCGUGAGCCCGUCGGAGAUCCUCAACCGCAAACUGCUGACCAUCAUCACCAAGGCGCACGACCUCUUCUCCAAAGACCAGUCGCCUAACGGCAGCAAGGUGGGCGACUACCUGCUGGCGCAGCUGCUGGAUCUCACCAAGUCCAAGUUCGGAUUCGUCGCCAGCGCGCUCAAGAAACCCGAGGGGACCUACUACCUCAAGACGCACAGCAUCACCAACUUCGCGUGGACGAGGGAGCUGCAGCUGUGGUACGCGGAGAGUGCCCCGUCUGGUCUGGUGUUCUUCGGCCGUGUCACGCACGGCAUAACCAAUUUUGCAUGGACGCGCGAGCUGCGGCUGUGGUACGCGGAGAACGCCCCGUCCGGGCUGGUGUUCUCCAACAUGGACACGCUGUUCGGCCGCGUCGUCACCACAGCCGACGUCGUCAUUUCCAACGACGUCCCCAACGAUCCAAGGGCAGUGGGCGUGCCGCCCGGCCACCAGCGUGUGUCCACCUUUCUGGGGGUGCCUCUCUUCGCGGGUGCGGAGCUGAUCGUCGGUGCGCUGCAGGAGAGACGGCGCGAGCGCGAGGAGCAGGAGCGGCUGAGAGCGAUGCUGAAGGGCACGGGGGAUGCGAUCCUGGGCGUGGAUGACAUGGGCGGGAUCAGCGCGCUGAACCGCGCCGCCAGGCUGCUGUUUGGCUUCACCGACACCGAGGGGCUGGGCGACAGCAGUGGCCGGGCGUUUGGGCAGGCCGAGGUGCUGCCGGAGAAUCUGCACGUCGCGGAUCUGUUCAUUAGUGUGGACGGCCGAGAUGACUUCGCCGACCAGGGUCUGGAGGUGUUUGUGUGUGACGGCCUCAGGAUGCCCGCCAUUGGUAGGCGCAUUCUGGGCGGCACACUGCUGCUGGAGAUGAUGUUGUCACGCGGCAGCAACCCCGACGUGGCGUAUGUCAUCACGGCACGGGAGCUCAAGAACAGUGGUCUGGGCGGCACGCCUACGAUUGGCUCGGGCAGCAACAGCCUUGCGAGAACGGGCAGCAAGGGAGGGCCCACGUUCUUUGAGCCUGCGAAUAUGCCCGGAGGAGAUGAGUGA